AUGCUGAAGGAACGCAGAAUAUUUUUUAUUCAGGAAUACAAGAAAACCAACAAAGUGGAGUCAAGUACAUGCAGCAGCUUCAUGGGCUUGAAGGAUCACUUGGGGCAUGACCUAGGCCACCUCUAUGAGGACAGUGCUGAAACACAGAUAAGUGCAAUUGCACCUUGGUCAAUGGUGGAGAAACCAACAAUGGAUAAAAUUAACUCUAGGAAGGAGGACACAAACAAGGAGACUUCUGAAGAAACUGGGAGCUCCAGUUGUGAUUCUGACGAGAGUACAAAUUCUGAUAAUGAAUCAGAGCAACUGACUACCACGGGAACAGAAUCAUGCACGUUACCGAAGACUCACAGACAACUGUGCAGAUCUCCUUGCCUGGAACCCCAUAUACUAAAACGCAAUGAAAUCUUGCAAGACCUUAAGCUAGAGGAAGCCCGUAUGGUGUCUAAAGAAAUUAAGAAACCCCCUGAUGUGGUAAAAGAAUAUCAAACCAAACUGGAGUUUGCACUUAAGUUAGGUUACUCUGAAGAACAGGUUCAGCUUGUACUGAAUAAGCUUGGUACUGAUGCUUUAAUCAAUGAUAUACUUGGAGAACUUGUCAAACUUGGAAAUAAAACUGAGAUGGAUCAGAGUGUAAGUAACAUUAAUACUAGCAUAAUGCGGGAAGCAUCUUCUGUUGAAUCUCAGAGGUCUGACUCUCCCCUUCAGGAGGAUGUGCCAGUGGAUGGUGAUAACCUGAGACCUAUAGUUAUUGAUGGCAGCAAUGUGGCAAUGAGCCAUGGAAACAAGGAAGUAUUCUCUUGUCGGGGGAUAAAGCUGGCAGUGGACUGGUUUUUGGAAAGAGGCCACAAAGGUGUUACAGUGUUUGUGCCAGCGUGGAGAAAAGAACAGUCACGGCCAGAUGCUCUCAUUACAGACCAAGAAAUCUUACGUAAAUUAGAAAAGGAGAAAAUUCUGGUGUUCACCCCAUCCCGCCGUGUUCAGGGGAGAAGGGUGGUGUGCUAUGACGACAGGUUCAUAGUGAAAUUAGCCUUUGAGUCAGAUGGUAUCAUUGUAUCUAACGAUAACUACAGGGAUCUCGCCAAUGAAAAGCCAGAAUGGAAGAAGUUCAUUGAUGAACGGCUGCUGAUGUAUUCAUUUGUCAAUGACAAAUUCAUGCCUCCUGAUGAUCCUCUUGGCCGCCAUGGCCCAAGUCUGGAUAACUUUCUAAGGAAGAAACCAAUUGUCCCAGAACAUAAGAAGCAACCAUGUCCAUACGGGAAGAAAUGCACUUAUGGACACAAGUGCAAAUACUACCAUCCAGAAAGAGGGAAUCAGCCUCAGAGGUCAGUAGCUGAUGAACUUCGUGCCAUGUCCAGGAACACAGCUACCAAAGCUGCUAGCGAAGGAGGGCUGGUGAAAAGCAACAGUGUUCCUUGUAGCACUAAGGUCGAUAGCACUUCAGAUCUCAAACGAGCUGCUCCAAAGAGGCAAUCAGAUCCUAGUAUUAGGACUCAAGUCUACCAAGACUUGGAGGAAAAGCUUCCCACCAAAAACAAGUUGGAAACCAGGUCUGUACCUUCUUUAGUUAGUAUUCCAAAUUCUGCUGCUGCAAAACCCCAAAGUACUGCACCUUUAAGCAAUGGGCUUCCAUCUGGAGUUCAUUUCCCACCUCAGGAUCAAAGACCACAGGGACAGUACCCUCCAGUGAUGAUGGCAACCAAAAAUCAUGGAACGCCAAUGCCUUACGAGCAGUAUCCCAAAUGUGAGUCUCCUGUGGAUGUAGGCUACUAUUCAAUGCUAAAUGCGUAUUCAAACCUGGCUAUCUCUGGCCCGCGAAGUCCUGAAAGGCGUUUUUCUUUGGACACGGAUUACAGAAUCAGUUCUGUAGCCUCUGAUUGUAGUAGUGAAGGGAGCAUGAGCUGUGGCAGUAGUGAUUCCUACGUCGGCUACAACGAUCGGUCCUACGUGAGCUCUCCUGACCCUCAGCUGGAAGAGAAUCUAAAGUGCCAACACAUACACCCCCAUAGUCACCUUAACUCUCAGCCGUUCCUACAAGGUUACCAUGAUACGUUAACACGAGUGCAGAGUUACAGUCAUGAAGAACCAAAGCAUCAUCACAAACCUCCCCUUCCGUACAUGGCUGUACACCUCCAGCAUCCGACUCUUGGCACUCGCUCGAGUUGUCCCGGCGAUUAUCCCACCCCUCAGAGUUCGCAGCAUUCUAAGAACGUGCAUAUAGGAAGAGCGCUUGUGUCCACGAGAGUAGACAGCAUAUCCGACUCACGUUUGUAUGAUAAUUCUCCAUUAAGGCAAAGAAAGUCUUACUCUGGACAAGAUGGACUGGGUAGUUGGGACAGGCAAGGCUAUGGGAUUGAUGCUUAUGGCUACCAUCAGACUUACUCUUUGCCCAGUAACCCUUCCCAGCCAUGUUAUGAGCAGUUCGCCUUCCAAAGUUUACCUGAGCCGCAAGAUCAGCCUUGGCGAAUUUACUGUGGGAUGCCGCAGGAUUCUCCAAGGUAUCAGGACAGCCGAGAGAAAGUCUAUAUAAACCUGUGUAACAUCUUUCCUCCAGACCUUGUGAGGAUUGUUAUGAAAAGGAAUCCUCACAUGAUGGAUGCUCAGCAACUGGCUGCAGCCAUUUUAGUGGAAAAAUCUCAGCUAGGUUAUUGACGACGUG